AAACUCUGGACACACACAUGUCCUCAGCAAUGCAUAGCAAUCGGAAAGAGCAUUUGUACAAAAUCCUUGUCAUCGGUGAUUUGGGAGUAGGGAAGACCAGCAUCAUCAAACGGUAUGUGCAUCAGACGUACUCCACUAACUACAGAGCGACCAUCGGGGUGGAUUUUGCGCUCAAAGUUCUCAACUGGGACUCAGAGACAGUCCGGCUGCAGCUGUGGGACAUCGCAGGUCAGGAGCGGUUCGGGAACAUGACGCGGGUUUAUUACCGGGAGGCCAUGGGGGCGUUGAUUGUUUUUGAUGUUAACAGACCCACCACGUUUGAGGCUGUCUCCAAAUGGAAGGAGGAUCUGGACUCAAAAUUAAUACUUUCUAAUGGCCAGAGUAUCGCCACAGUGCUCCUGGCCAAUAAGUGUGACCAAAAUAGAGACUUUCUGACUAACAACAGCCUGAAGAUGGACCAGUACUGCAAGGAGAAUGGAUUUGUGGGCUGGUUUGAGACAUCUGCUAAGGACAACAUCAAUAUAAAUGAAGCUGCCAACUUCCUUGUGAAACACAUAAUUGCCAGUGAAAAUGAUAUCUUGAAAUCAGUGGUUCCAGAUACCAUCUCUCCUCAACUUAGCUCUGAUAAAGAAAUCCCUUGUUCUGCAUGUUUCAAACCCUGAGAGAAGGUGGCAACCAUGUAUGGCAGCAGUGUUGGUGGUUCUUGGACUGAAGAGGAUGUGGACCUUCAAUUCCAGUACUAUGAGUCGUAACCACUUCAGAGAUCUGUCCGUUAGUUACAGCAUUGAACUACAGACACUUUGAGCUUGCACACAGAGUAAAUGUAUUUAAGUUUGAAGCUGCACUUUUUCGUUGUUUUGUCUUUUUGUGUUAUUUAUGUCUAACAAAAACCUGGGGAGUUCUGGACUGGCAUGCUUGACUGAACAAGGUGAGAGGUUAGAACUUUCUGUCAGACACAGACAGAUGGCUGAUUAUGCUUAAGAAACAGGAAUAUUUUAUCAGGAUGUACACCAUAAUAUUGUUAUUUCUGGUGGACUGAGUUUUAAUAACCCCAGUGUUAAAUGAAAAAUAACAAGACUUGUUUGUUUUUUUUUGACUGUUUUUAAUGUGCUCUCCUGUCAAGACAUUUUUAAUAGUGAUUUGCAAUUGCAUUUUAGCUAUAUUUCUGAUCUAAAGACGCUAAUAAUAUUAAAGAUGUCAUAAAGUUGAGUUAAGAGCAGUUUUCUGCAUUGACAUUAUUACUUUUGAAACAGGAUGUUUGGAUUAUGCGUUUUUGCUUUUGAAACAGGAGGUUAUGCUUUAGGCUAAGUGUAUAUUAAACCAGAUAUGGUUUGUUUCGAAACGCUCUCCGUCCACUUUUUAAAGCGCUUUAUAAAGUUUCUCAUCCAUACUGAAACCGUUAAAUUCGCCCUACUGAGCAUUUGUAAAACCUUAUAAAAGCUUACUGAAAUUAUACAGACGGAACAGGCAUACCUUUUCAUGCAAUUCGUCUGGCAGGAUCAUGUUAUUCACGGAAAUACCUCAUCACUCAUUAACGCGUCCAGGUCGCGCUCACUAGUAACUUUAAGCAGCAGCCACAGAUGAAACAGCAACGGCAUUCCGACGUCAUUUGGAAGCUGUGGCUUAAAGUUCCUAAGACGAAACUCGCCUUAUGUUUUACCACAGGACAGCAAUUGAGAGUACAUUUCCUGUCAUCUUUGCAGGAGUUUAAUAUGAAGAGUGUACAAAGUAACAUACUGUAUUUUUAGCAAUAAUGUUAAAGUAAAUGUGACCAGUCAUAAGGGUCAUAAGGGUCAAUUUUUCGAAAUUGAGAUUUAUACAUCAUCUGAAAGCUGAGUAAAUAAGCUUUCCAUUGUUGUAUGGUUUGUUAGAAUAUAACAAUAUUUGGGCGAGAUAUAACUAUUUCAAUAUAUGGAAUCUGAGGGCGCCAAAAAAUCUAAAUAUUGAGAAAAUCGCCUUUGAAGUUGUCCAAAUUAAGUUCUUAAUAAUGCAUAUUGCUAAUCAAAAAUUAAGUUUUGAUAUAUUUACAGUAGGAAUUUUACAAAAUAUCUUCAUGGAACAUGAUCUUUACUUAAUUUCCUAAUGAUUUUUGGCAUAAAAGAAAAAUCUAUAUUUUUGACCCAUACAAUGUAUUUUUGGCUAUUGCUACAAAUAUACCCCAGUGACUUAAGACUGGUUUUGCGUUCCAGGGUCACAAAUAGCAAAUAACAGACACAAUAGCCUGCCGGUAUAAACAGAGAUACCUAUUGGUACAAUAUGCGUUACAUGAUUAAACAUGCUUCAUUGUUUUCAAAUACCUCUGUUUUCACAGUCCACACUACAACGCGAAAAUGACAUUUUCAAAUGUAUCCACUUUGGAGAGCGUUUGCAAAAAACUCAGUUUUCCUUGACAAAAAUGCCGCCUCAGGAUCAAACAUAUUAGUUUCAUCACCAGGAUUUGCGCCUUGCUAAUUGGUAACAGGUGGUAUUAGUGGGCGGUGCAUUCUCAGUCUAGAGAGCAUUUGACUGGACAAAAAUCAGUGUGGUUCAGGAUGUGUCAUCAAUAUUUUGCUUUGGUUUUCUUGUAAGAGACAAUUGUUUGUUUUAAAAGCUAAUUUAAUUCACCUGUUUUCUAAAUGUAUGUUAUUGAUUUUAUUAUGAUCUUAUAUAUGUUUCAUUUAAAAAGUCAGUCUGCCUCCAUCUGGUCAGUCACUAAUGGCAUGGCAUUUAAUGCCUAGAAUUAAGACCAGUUCACUAUGAUGUUCUGUAGAAUGCAUAUUUUACCAUACUGACCGUGGUAACGGACUGUCUUGUUAAUACUACUUUGUGGCAUUUUAAUAAUUUUGACAAAUUAUUUUUCUGAAUAAAUAAACUUCCAGUGAUGUAUAGUUUGUUAGGAUAGGACAAUAUUUGUCCGAGAUUCAACUAUCUGAAAAUCUGGAAUCUGAGGGUGCAAAAAAAUAAAAAUAUUGAAAUUGUCCAAAUGAAGUUCUUAGCAAUGCAUAUUACUAAUCAAAAAUUAAGUUUUGAUAUAUUUAGGGUGGGUAGUUUACAAAAUUUAUUAUGGAACAUAAUCUUUACUUAAUAUCCUAAUGAUUUUUGGUAUAAGAGAAAAAUCAUUUUGACCCAUACAAUGUAUUGUUGGCUAUUGCUAUAAAUAUACCCAUGCUUAAGACUGGUUUUGUGGUCCAGACUCACAUAUAAAGUAUUUGUAAUGAAGUUAAACGUCUAUGAAUUGAUUGCACACACAAAUUUCUAAAACUGUAUCUGUAAAAAGAGGGCUGCCAACCUUUUCCCUCAUCCACUCUGUUUCCUUGGCCCUUCUUAUCUACUGCCAAUCUUCCAUU